UAAUAAUUCAUCAGUAUUUGUACGUAUACACGGGGUUACUGUUUAAGGACUGAGCAUCAUAAUGAGCACCGAAUCAACGAAACCAGCGCCCAGCCAGGAGGCAAUUGUGGCCCAAUUUCAACAGCUGCGAAACGACCAGCGAAAUUUGGCCAACAAUCUGAACACCCUGGAAAUGGACUUGAGGGAGCACAAAACUGUGAUAGAAACACUGAAGUUGGCCGAUCCGGACCGCAAAUGCUUUCGUCUGAUCGGCGGCGUCCUCUGUGAGCGGACCGUGAAGGAGGUGCUGCCGCAGUUGGUGGAGAACCAGGACUUCAUUGCCCAGACCAUUACUUUAAUCACUGAGGAUCUGAGCAAAAAGGGCACGGAGCUGAACAAAUUUAAGGAGGAGCACAACAUCAAAAUCCGUGGCGAGCACCUGGGCGCCGAGGGCGGUAAAUCGGAUGCGGAGAGCAGCGGCAGCAAGUCUGAGAACCGCAAUGUUCUCGUCUCCAACUAGAGGCCCAAGCAAGCAGAGAACCCAGCCUGCGCAGCGUAUUUAUUGUGUCUAUGUAUGAAAUGAACUCUGCCAAGAUUUGCGAACAAUAACUCAACCGAUCCCGGAUCAUGGAUUGAAUACUGAAGUUCUAAUGUUAUAUGUAAUUUUUAGCUGUAAGGCGAAGUUCACACGCCCACUCACAUCCCAAAUCUCUGUCAUUCACGCAUAACACACCACACCCUACCAAACAACCACACACUGGUCCUGAAAGUAAACAACUUCUGUAACAGAA